AGUUUGUCGUGAUCUGGUUUCAACAGCUGAAGCUCGAAAGGAGCGCUAUUUAAAGUGCGCCUGUUGCGCAACGCACACACAAGAACACGCACAUACACGCCUUUAAAAGAAAAAUAAAGUUGUGUACGUGAAUACCUUUGCUUUAGACACAGCGCCGCGGCUGGAAGGAAAGAGAAAGAUCGUGUACGGUGGACGUUUAAUACACAAAUAUACAUUCGAGUCCUGUCGGGGAGGUUGAUAGCAGCACACUCCUUCGAGAGAGAGGAAGAGAGAGGCAUAUCCGCCCCUUUAUCCUCACACAAGAAGCAAGGGAAAAUAACUCACAUUACCUUUCUUUUAUUGCUAGUUUUAUUUUCUACCUUUUGAUUCUAGAAAAAUAUAAAGAAGUAUGUUGAGCGAGGAGGAUAGUCGCCUCUUUGAGGCAGCGAAGCGGGCCCAGGUGAACCGAAACACGGCUAUCCACAUCAUCGACAAUGCCCGUGCGAGCGACAUCCUUGCCGGGUCGUUUGUGCGGGUCCUUCUCGAGAUGCCCAGCCGCAGCGAGGGCUACCUCGUCGCGCGCAUCCACGGCACCACCAACGGCGAGCCCUACAGCGGCUUCUCCACCAAUGCGAACCAAACCACCACCGUCUACUUAGUCCUCGAGCUGCCCCCGACCCUCGCCGCCAUCAAUGGGGUGCAGUACCAGCUGAACAGCGUCAGCAACAGCACCAUGAGCGAGGGCGAGUUCCGCGAGUGGCUCGCGCUGAUCCGCAAUGAGCCGACGAUGCGGACACCGACGGUGUACGAGCUGGGCGAGGUCGCCUCGCACAUCCACCCUUUUGAAGUGAGCCGGCACCGCGGCGUGCUGCACAACAAUCUCGCCUCUUCUAGCAGCAUCAACGGCAACGUUGCCGCGGGCAUGGCAGCAGCAUCACCAAUAGCUCGUCCGGUCAGUCAGCCGAGCCCGCAGCAGCAGCAGCAGCGCGCGCUCUCCGCACGGGCGCAGGCACGGCAGAUCUGGCAAAGCCUCGCGGCGAGUACCUCGUCUGGUGUGAUGCCGCCGCUGCCGCAGCCCGGCAACCGAUCCCCCGCGGCGAGUGUCGAAGGUCCUCUGACGGGGGCCGCGGCGGCGCGAGCCGGCAACAACGGCAUGAUGAACGGCGACACCAGCAGCAACGGCUCCCCACGUCAGAGCCCGAGCACGGAGGGCGGCAACGGCAACUACGGUGCCAACCGCUACGUUCGCCAGGGCACGAUGAUGUCACGCGAUUUGAACCGCAACCCGCGCGAGGACGGACAGGCGUCGCACGACAUGGCCGGUGCGGAAGAGUCAGCGACGGAGCUGUACGGCUACAACACUAACAGCAAUAACAACGGUGCAGGGGAGGCGUAUCCGAACGACGACGGCAGGCGGUCCGUCUCCCCACGUCCGUCGGGCAACGUGCCGGCGUCUGCCGCGGCGAUCCCCUUCAUGACCCGCGGCGCGGCCGACCACCGCAUGGAGAGCGAGGACGAGGAGAUGGAGCGGCGGCUGCGGCAGGACAUCAUGAAUCACCUCGCACAGGAGUGUGUGCUCUUCCCGAAGGACCCCACAGGGUACAAGCUGUCGCGGCUGCGGCUGCUGGAGCGGGACAUGAUCGAGUAUCUGCAGCACAUCCGCGACGAAAUCCAAGGAAAGCAGGAGAAUUGUAUUAUCUGUAUCGACCACGUGCCGACGGUCAUUUUGUUGCCGUGCAAGCACAAGGUGAUGUGCCGCCUGUGUGCGCCGUCCGUCUCACAGUGUCCGGUCUGCCGUAGCCAAAUUGCCGAGAUGUUCGAGCCGGAGGAAAUCUAA